UAAAUAAUUUAAUUUUCUAGUUUAAAAUAAAUUACUAAUUUCCGGCAAGGAAGAAGAGUAUGCAGGCUCUAAUCAGUUUCUGUCUAGUCUACAGGUGAGAAGAGAAGAAGAGUCUGACUGACACUCCGCCAUUUCUGUCUCCGUUUUAUUCAGAUAAUAAACAAUUUCUUCGACUUUUUCUUCAAAAAUUCGAGAUUAUUAUACUUCAACAGGUUAUUAUAAUUUCAGUCUACAAAUCUGUAACUGUUCCUCAUUUAACAGGUUAAUGAAUGGCUGGCUCAAGUGUUUGAAUAGCUGAAAGUCCAAUCUGAAAUCAAGGAUAUGCAAGGAGUUUCAGUGGGGCUUAUAAUUGGGGUUUCAGUUGGGGUGGUUAUUGGAGCUUUUUUGGCAAUAGCUACUCUAUUCUGUGUUAAGUAUAGGAGGAAGCAUUCACAGAUAGGGAAUAGCAGUUCUAGAAGAGGUGUGAAAAUACCAAUUAGAACUAAUGGUGCUGAUUCGUGUACAAUAUUGUCGGAUUCAACAUUGGGUCCAGAAUCACCUAAAACAUCUGACGCCAAUAGCAGAUCAUGUUGGAUUGAAAGUUCUAAUAAGAAGAGUGUUGUUUCCAUGUCUGGAAUACCAAAAUAUCCAUACAAGGAACUGCAGAAAGCAACCUGUAAUUUUACCACCAUGAUUGGUCAUGGGGCCUUUGGUCCUGUUUAUAAAGCUAGAAUGGGAACAGGUGAGACUGUUGCUGUCAAAAUGCUUGCAACUAACUCUAAACAAGGAGAGAAGGAGUUUCAAUCCGAGGUUUCAUUACUUGGAAGAUUGCACCAUAGAAACCUUGUGAAUCUGGUGGGAUAUUGCGCAGAGAAAGGGCAGCAUAUGCUUGUAUACGUGUACAUGAGUAAUGGCAGUCUUGCUUCUCAUUUAUACAGUGAAAAGCAUGAACCUCUGAGCUGGGAUUUGAGGAUUUAUAUUGCUCUAGAUGUAGCAAAGGGUUUGGAGUAUCUUCAUGAUGGGGCCGUUCCACCUGUAGUGCACCGUGAUAUCAAGUCUUCCAACAUACUCUUGGAUAGGUCGAUGAGAGCCAGAGUAGCUGAUUUUGGACUGUCAAGGGAAGAGAUGGUUAAUCCCCAUGCGUCUAACAUUAGGGGAACUUUCGGCUAUCUAGACCCUGAGUACAUUUCGUCGAGGGCAUUCACUAAGAAAAGUGAUGUCUACAGUUUUGGUGUCUUGCUAUUUGAACUUGUUGCAGGCAAAAAUCCACAACAGGGGCUCAUGGAACUCGUCGAUCUUGCAGCAAUGAACUCGGAAGGGAAAGUUGGGUGGGAGGAGAUUGUUGAUUCUCGACUUGAUGGAAAAUUUGACACAGAACAACUGAAUGAAGUAGCAGCCCUUGCAUACAAGUGCGUUAAUCGCUUAUCUAAAAAACGGCCAGCAAUGAGGGAUGUCGUGCAGGCGCUAUGUGGUGCAAUCAAUGUGAAACAGAGUAAGAAUAACGCUCUCGCUCGAGGAAUAUCUAAUACUGAUGACGAAGUUGCUAUUGAAAUGCCGCCAUUAGAUCAAACUGAAACAAACCUUGCAAUCACUGAACUUAGGAGACAGGAAUCUCAAAACUCAAUCAGCAGUCACAGGAGGCAGGAUUCUCAGACCUCCAUCAGUGAACUUAGGAGGCAAGAAUCUGUGAACAGUUCUGUGGAUCUGCCCGAAGUUUAACUGCAGCAGCACUUCCGUUUUGGCUUCUUUAUUUUUUCAUAUAAACUGAUGUUAGCAAAUUUAGUGUUGAUAAGUUUUCUCAAUAUACAUAGUGAUGAUGAAAAGGGAGUGAUUUAGUAGGGAAAGAAGACAGAUUUUCUGGUGUAGCUUUGAGUUUUUGAAGCUUGUGUAGAGUCGAUCUCAGCUCGAGAUUUGCUCAUCCAAACAAUCCUAACUUCUUCUGUGUAUCAUAAUCCAAGUUUUGUACAUUUUGUUUUGUUUCUA